GUAUGUAUGUUGUAUUAUGACAGUAGGAGAAAUAAGAAAUAACAUUGGACUAUAUAAGUAUUACAAAACAAUUAUUAACUCUAACUGGCACUAAAAGUUGUGUUAACCAAACUGCAGCAGCGAGUUUCUCCAAAGUCCAAAGGAAUCGGGGGUAACAUCCACAGGCUAACGGGUACUGAGUCUACUGUCUGACUGAGCCCCAAAUCUCCCAAGCGGGAGCUCUUCGAUGGUGCUGAGGGCACCAAGUCUGUACUGGAGCUGGUAUCAGCAGCAGCUGAGUCGAGUUGAAUUGAGUAUAUCUAUUUGUAAUACUGAACAGUCUCACCAGCCACGGUAAGCCCUGAGGAGAAAGCAUGAUUUAGACAAUCACCACCUGCACUGCUUGGAGCUAAAAUUUGUCACACAGUUCUCAGUUUGUGUUUCUAUUUAGUGUUGUGGUGCUUUAAUUGAUAUGGCUGGCAGUUAGUUUGGUAACACAUAAAAGCUUAGUACGUGGGAGAAGGGUGAUCGAGCUGUUGGACCGUCUGCAGCGGAGCGGUGAGCUGCCUCCUCCCAAACUGCAGGCCCUGCAGAGAGUCCUACAGAGCAAAUUCUGUGCUGCCAUCAGAGAGUCCGCUUUCUACACACUCAAGCACCGAUAAUACAUCAGGGGCAAUUUGGGGCUCAGUAUCUUGCCCAAGGACACUUAGACAUGCGGACUGGAGGAGCCAGGGAUCGGACCAUCGACCUUCCGGUAUAUGAGCAGCUAUAUGACACUCUAGACAUUGUUGGAGGACCAGAAGUGCGAGCACAGGCAACAGCCAAGGCCACAGUGGCAGCCUUUGCAGCGAGCGAGGGCCAUGCCCACCCAAGGGUGGUGGAGCUGCCCAAGACAGAAGAGGGUCUGGGCUUUAACAUCAUGGGGGGCAAAGAGCAGAACUCCCCCAUCUACAUCUCCAGAGUGAUCCCUGGGGGGGUGGCAGACCGCCAAGGAGGGCUGAAGAGAGGAGACCAGCUGCUGUCUGUCAAUGGCGUGAGCGUUGAGGGGGAGCACCAUGAAAAGGCCGUAGAGCUGCUGAAGGCAGCCCAGGCUUCAGUCAAACUUGUGGUCCGUUACACCCCAAAGGUCCUGGAGGAAAUGGAGGCUCGCUUUGAGAAGAUGAGGAGUGCCCGGAGACGACAGCAGCACACCAGCUACUCAUCUCUGGAGUCCAGGGGCUAGCAAAUCCAAUGCCUCCAUCCGCCUCAUUAUCCAACCCUCCUGACUCUUCUGUUCCUUUGGGAGGCAAGACUAGAGACAAGAAGCAAAAAACCAAAGUAGCCUACCAACACCUGUAAGCUGAACUUCUUCAUGAAGCCAACGCUGCAGUUUAGCAUUUUCUCCCUCUCUUUUCCCCUGUUUUUUAGACCUGUGGUUCUCAACCUUUUCAAGUCACGACCCCCCAGAAUAAUCAGGUUGGAACAGCACCCUCUCUGUGUUCCCGGACCUCCUAAUUUAAGCAUUAAGCAUUAAAUAUAACACAUGAAAGCUACCAAACUCUCACAAGAACACCACUGCUUUGCCCACAGACAAAACAAAAACUAAUCUGAUUUAUCCAAAUGUCUUUUAAGUUUAACUGGUUUUAAACUUUCAUUUGCAAGCUCUUCUGAACAAAUAAAACACUGUGGAUAUUCCACGUUUUUUGCUAUGCUUGUUAAUCUAUAUUGCAAAAAGUCAGCUGAUAUUUGCAAAGCUUGUUGGGAGCUCAGGAUUAUGUUGGAACUGCCACUGGCGCCUUGUGUUUCUCAAUUGAUGGUGCUGCAGUCAGAAUUUCAGGUGACCCACUUUGAGACACCACCCGUUGGCCCGACGCUUGAGCUGGAAUUCUUUUGCUGAGAAGGUAUCGCUCUAUAGUUGUUCCAUGUGAUGGCUAGCAAAACUGGCUAUCGCUGCUUGGUUAAGCACGAUAAUGUGGCACAAAAGCGCCAAAAUGAACGAGUAUUUUUGUGUCCAAUCUGUAAUUAAUGUGCACGCACAGAAACACACUCAAUAAAAUCUAUUCUAAGGCAAAUUAUAUCAUUGGUAUGGGCAAUGUAAUGUAAAACCAUUCCCCAGUCUAAAAUAUGCAAUUUUAUUUUUAAUAUUUUAUCUUUUGCUCCAGAGGGUCGCAAGGGUCUGGACCCCCCAGGUUGAGAACCACUGCCUUAGAGAAAUGCUGAGUAACCUUGUUGUCAAAUCAUGCCUGUAAUUUCACCUUCCAAGUUUGAAAUCAUCCUCAGCAUCCUGUUACAUAAGGCUCUCUUUAGUGUGUGGCUUAACUAGAACCCAGUUUUUCCAUUCUCAAAUUGUUUUACUUUUGCAUUCUCAUGUGCUGCACCCCAUUCCUCAGCAGUGUCCACUGUCUGCAGUUAGACCUCAUUAGCAGAAGAAACAAGGAAACUGACACCUACAGCCUUCACCGCCAUUUCCUUAUCAGAUGUCCCAGCUAGAGGGCUAACCAUUAGCAUUAUGAACAACUACAAUGAAAUCAGUGGCUGGCAACUAUCAUCUUAGUCAGAGUUUCAAGAAUUGUUUUGUAUUCAUUAAUUUGUGCACUGUAUUCAUUUAGUCACAUAAUUGUUCAUGAAAUAAAGUCAA